CUAGAUAGUCACCAUGGUUAACUAAACGCAAACAUAAGUAAAUAUAAAUCAUUUAAACCAGUGCAACAAUGGUUGAGGGAUACGAGAAGUUAAAAAUAGUCGGAAAAGGUUCAUUCGGUACUGCCACUUUAUGCAAACGACUACAAGACGACAAACUUGUAGUUAUGAAGGAAAUACUUACGAUAGAUAUGGACAACACUCAAAAAUUGUCUGCUUUUAAUGAAGUUAAUAUAAUAUCGACAUUAUCGCAUCCGAACAUCAUCAAGUAUCUGGGAAAUUUUCAAAAUAAUGAUUCUUUAAUAAUAAUAAUGGAGUAUGCGGAUGGAGGAAAUCUCGGCCAAUUAAUAAACGCGAAGAAAAAUAAUAACGAUGUUUUUACGGAGAGGGGUAUUUUAACAAUAAUAUUAGAAAUUUGUGGUGCCAUUGCUUACAUGCAUCUCAAAAAAAUUAUUCACAGAGAUUUAAAAACCGCGAAUAUAUUUUUGACACAGGACGGCACAAUUAAAGUCGGUGAUUUUGGCAUAUCCAAAAUGUUAAAUACAAGAUCUCAAGCUCAAACUGUUGUUGGGACACCGUAUUAUUUAAGUCCGGAAAUAUGCGAAGGAUAUAAAUACAAUGAAAAAUCAGAUGUGUGGGCUAUAGGAUGUAUUCUAUACGAACUAGCAUGCUUAAAAAGACCAUUCGAAGCACCAACAUUACCACUAUUAGUACAAAAAAUAACAGCAUGUCAAUAUGAAAAUAUACCAAACAUGUAUUCCAAAGAUACACAAAAUGUGAUACGCGCCAUACUUCAAAAAAAUGUCGCAGAUAGACCUUCGGCUUUAAGUUUGGAAAAAUCUAUAAUUCCUCAUAUUUUAGCAAAAAUUAAAAAGAAUGAAUAUUUAAAUUCGACCAUUUCUUCCAAUAGUAUCCCCCGGGAGAGAUCAAUUUUAUAUAAAAUAACAGAGUUUGAUUUUCCUAAAAUUGAAGUAAUAGAUAUACCUCCCAAAAAUAUUUUACAUCUUUCAUCAAGUACCACCCACACAAUCAUAGUGACAUCCGAUCAUUUGGUGUACGCAUACGGAAACAAUUCAUAUGGCCAACUUGGCUAUUCGAAUACUGAUGAUAAUCAUAGAAAUCAGCCAGUAUGCAUAAAUUAUUUAAACGAUAAGCAUAUCGUGAGUGCAGAAGCAGGAAAUGGGUUCAGUCUAUUUCUAAGUUAUUACGGUUAUGUAUUUAGUUGUGGCGAUGGUAGCCAAGGUUGUCUGGGAAACUCGGAUUUAAAUUCAUGCAUGACACCAACAAUUAUAAAUAUUUUAACAACUGUGAAAAUAAAACACAUUUCUUGUGGAUUCUAUCACGCAGCGGCGGUCAGCAGGGAGGGAAAAUUGUUUACUUGGGGUACAUCGAUCACGGGCGCCUUGGGUCAGGGAUAUAGAGAAAGAUGUUUAAAACCCAUGACAGUUACAUUACCAAUAAAAAUUAAAGUAGUGUGUUGCUACAAAGACGCCACAGUUAUUCAGUCAUGGAGUGAUGAAUUUUACGCCUGUGGAAAUAAUAUGUACUGUAAGUUGGGAAUAUCCAACGAAACUAAUGUCACAACGUUUCAGAAAAUAAAUCUAGAGCAAGCUAACAUCCGCCAAAUGUGUGUAGGAGAAGAACAUUCUAUUGUUCUUUUAGAAAACGGUGAUAUAUUAAGAAUCGGUCUUAACGAAGAACAUCAAUUCGGAAAACUAAAUAAAAAUAGUAGCAAUAUUCAAGUUAUCCCAUUCAACAAAAAAAUAAAAAUGAUUUCUUGCGAUAGAUUUUUUUCUACAGCGGUUGAUGUUGAAAAUGUAAUGUGGCUCUGGGGGACCACCAAGUACACAAAUGAAGAAAAGUCAAAUAAAAAUAUCAUAUUCAAAAACCCAACUAGUAUUUUAGCGUACGUUACCAAUGGUAUUCUAUUAUUUUAUUACUUUAAAAGUUUCAGUUUGUAUUCAUCAAAAGCAAAUUUAAUAAAUGGAUAUUCACUAUAUAUUUUUAAUGUGAGAGCUAUUCGCAACAGUGUACUUGUAGUAAUAAAUACGACAGUACCUCCAUGUCUGAAAUAUACAGAGGACGUCAAUUCUUCAAGUCAUAAUUUUGUUUCCAAAACUACAACUACUCACCAUGUUGAAAUAGAACUACCAAAUACUCCACAAUGUAGCUAAUUAAAUUUUAUACAAUAAAUAAUUCAAA